UACACCCCCCAUCUCCCCACACCGCUCGCCGCCAUGCCAGGGCCCCCUUCUCCGCGAUAUGGACACGAAUGAGACGACAGUUGAUCAGGAGGUGCUUUUCGCGCCGACGCCGCCUCUUGCUGCCACACCCUGUCCCCUCUCGUCGCGAAGGCCUCAGUCAGGUGGAAGCCACAAAUCCAUCAAAUGUAUGCCCUGCUGUAAGAGAUACAUCGGCAAUGCAUUCUCGAGUUUCCACACCUUGACGGGCCAGAUUGCUCAGCGUCAUGACUUGCUGAAAUGUCUGGUUCUAGUGAAUUGUGCAAAGGACUUGCUGAUUCUAUCGAAGUGCCUACACUCUCAGAACAGCACCGGCAACUGGUUCGUGAAGUUACUGCAGUGCUGAGGCGCCAGACUCCGAUGAGGCUUACCUACUCAUAGCCAUUCGUGAAGACUAGCUCCAUAGGCACUUGGUCCUCGAGCAAAGUUGGAUGCAAUUUCAAGAGAUUUGCUUGUUUAUGUUACCUUAGAUACUCAUUGGCUCUUGAUGAUGUGGAUGCGUGUAAGCGCUAGUAGGUUCCUUGUGGACACUAGAUAAGCUAUCUAGGGGUAGGUUUCUUCUAGACACUAUAUAUGCUGUCAGAUUGAAAAUGUAAUCCAAUUGAGAAGUGAAAUAGUGUUUGUAUUUCAGGCAUCAGGCUUGUGAAGCAA